AUGGAUUCUCUGCAUAGGGUCCCAGAUGGUAUUGGAUAUAGGAGUGCCUUUGGUUUAGGUCUGGACUUGCAUUGGCACAUGUCAGACAACUGCUACAGUACCAAUGCACUGCUUUUGUCAACCCUGGUCUCCAGAACCUGGCUUUCAUCUUUCUCAAGGUCUUUAUCGUUCCUAAGUGGGCACCUGCUGGACCAUCGUGAAUUCAGUGAGCGCUUCUUUAAUUAGCCCCCGAGGUAAGACCAUUCUGCUCUUCGCUGAAGACGUUCCCUCGGCUGACGGCAGGUAAAGUAGCCUCCCCGCAGACAUCCUUUGGGGUUCGUUCGUCACGCAAUCAUUUCUCCCCAACGGCCGUCUGCUAAACACAGGCAACAUUUACGUUCUUGUUUGUUUGAAUAAGCCGAUAAGCGGUUAGUUAUUGUGUCACGAUCAGCCAAUAACGAGCUGUGAUACAAGUGAAACGGCACUUACGAAUUAUUUCUCGCUUUUUUACAGGAAUGUUUAUUCCAUGCCUAUGCAUGGAUGAGACUGCGAAGAAAGUUAUUAGAAGCGAUUUUUUUUUUGUUUUCUUUGCAGCUGCAAUUUAGGAAAAGACCAAGUUCGUGUGUUUAGAAAAAGCGCAGUCGACAUCGCAAGGCUCAUCAAACGUGCUCUGGACGCUGAUGUGUCUUUGUAUUCUUCAAGUGAAUUAUUUAUUUGCACAGCUAUCUUCUACUUGAGACGAGUCAAACCUUUCGAAAAAAAUCACAGAAAUGAUGCAAUAAAGCUGUAGUCAGCUGUAUAGUUUUUUCGGAAGUUGUUGUAAGUAUAAAAUAAUCUGCUUCUCAUUGAAAGACUUCAGACAACAGUCUCCUACACGAGCGCGGAGCGGUUUUCAGCGCGGUCGAAAACAUUAUUUUAUUACUAUUAACUCUCUAUAAAUUCGACGUAUUAAGAAACGACAACUUGUAAACGCGUAUAGGGAAGAUUUUCAAAUCAUUCUUCGAAAACAAAGGCCGUUUCCUUUUUUGCAAAAUGUAAUUCCACCAGGGUCAUAGGUCGAGGACCAAGGACCACUAGGCGAAAUUUGGUUGUAUUUUUUCAACAGUCGGUAAAACAACAAAAUUCGAAGUCUACAGCAAUGUGCUUCCAAACGGCAGAAAAAAGGUUAUCUCAAAACUUGUUCUGCAAAAAGGCACGUCUUCCCGUUGCGUUUUAUUUAUUCACAAGCUAAGUAAACAUGACCACAGUGCCGCCUAAGUCCAAACUUUAAGCUAGAACGACAAAUUAACCUACCUGUCCACAAACUUUAAUCUCGCUCCUUCAAAGAAAGAAAGAAUGCUUAUAAUCAAUGAAUCAUUGAACCUUUCGUUGCUCACCGUAUUUUAUUUCUCGACAAAAUAUUUAAUCGUGCUCGGAAAAGUCGCGGACCAAGGACCACAUACUAACUGUGCAAGUCACCCGCUAACAUUUCCUCCACCGAUCGAUCUUCAACCAACGUAAACAACAGAGAAAGCCCCUCUCUCGACAACCCUCCUAUUCUCUUCGCUAAUAUCACUGAGCCAUACAGCAGGAAUACCAAUAUUUUCCAGCUUUGUAGCUUGAUCUUUCAUAAGAUUUACCGCGGGCGAAACAACAACUACAAUAAUGUCCAGUAGUUCCACGCACUGGGUCGCAAACAAAUGGCAAAGCUUGAUAGAUAAAGGAUUUGCCAAAUCCUGUCGGCAAAUUUAUGAAAUCAUUGGUUUUCUCUAUAAAAUUUGAAGGAUAGCUUCUCUCUGAUACUUGUUUUACUCUAUAUUUAUUACAAAUUUCGCGCACACACGAUCAAAAGCGUCACUGAUCGUGCGAAUCUGAACAAGCGGCUCGGGUUACGUUUUACAAAAAUCCGUAAACGGCCUGUGAUUGGUUAGCCUCCCCCGUUCUUAGGGGUUCGUCACGCGUUCCUGCCCCACAAACGUCUGCUGACUUGAGCGGAAAAAACGUAGACCAAUCACAGCAGACUUCCAGAUCUGGGAAGUGCACUUUGGACCUUGAGAAAUUUCGCGCUUGACUUUAUAGCUCCAGAAAAGAUCAGAAAGGUCGCAUGAAAGGUGAAGACCUUACAGUUUUAGAACAAACUACUCAGUUAACUCACAAGCGUUCGUACUAGUGGCUACCCUCACAAUCUCAUUGAAAAAAAUUACCUCGGAGGUUAAAUUUGCUGAACGGAAGUCGGCUUUCCUACAAAACAAUAAAGUGUGAAAAAAAUUCUGCCUUUUGCUCAGUCUUACAAGGCAACCCCGCCGUUGUAUCACCCAAAGAACGACUUUUUGAGCCAGUGAUAUCUUAUCCAGCCUUUACAGAGAGAAAUAUAAAAAAAGCCAACGUUUAUCUCCUAUAUUCUCGUCAGGAGCAAAAAUCUUUGGUCACGUAUCACACUCUACAGAGCUUGUACGUAUGUGUCUGGCUUGUCAACACUGACUUCAACAGCGCCAAUUGGAUCUCCGAUAAUCUGCAUGUGAUCUGCAGCCGAUAUUUGCGAACAAUGGGAAAGGAAUUUAUCUUUCAGUUCAGCCGACGUUCGUGGGGCAGGAACGCGUGUCGAACCCCUAAGAACGUCUGCGUGGGAGGCUAGAGAUUGGUGAACUUAAAUGUCGGCUGUGUUUAGCAGACGUCCGUGGGGGAGAAAUGAAUGCGUGACGAACGAACCCCAAAUUACAUCUGCGGGGAGGCUACAGGUAAAGUACUCCUUCUCGUAGCUCUAUCAAUUCCCACUGUGCCCAUAGUUCCCUUGUUGCGUGACUCAAGGGCUGGAGCUUCUCGGCUGUAGGUUUCUUCCACUCCCGCGACACCUGAUCUACAACUGGCCCAAUAUCUGUGUCCUGAGCUUAGGCUUGAGCCACAUUCUUGGAUAACCACAGAUCCUCUUCACCCCUCUGGUAUUCAACACUGGGCAGUCUGCUGAUGACCGUUGCUAUAUAUGGUUUUGUAAGUGGAACACAUGAGGGGCAGUCACCAUGAUUUCGCCUAGGCCGUCGAGACAAACUGUUCGCAUUGCUGUGUUGCUUUCCAGGCCGAUGUUGGAGCUCAUAAUCAUAUCCUUGGAGGCGUUCAAGCCAACGAGCCACUUAACCUUGGGGUUCUUUAA